GUGGACACCAUCAAAGCGAUACGGACUUCUGAUCUUCUUGUGUUAGUUCUUUUAAAUUUCCUUAAAAUUCUCCUCACAGUUUUACUGGUGUUAUAGAGCGAAGUUUGUUUCAUUAAUAGAUUCUAACUUUAUUAGGUUUCACUUUACAGUCAUCACACAGUAAAAAGAAAGAAAAAAAAAUGUCCGAAAUAAAAGGCUUGACGAUUUUGAUCGUGUUGAUGACAUUGGGGACAGUGACCAUAGCACAAGACGCAUGCAUUGAGAGCAGACUCUGCUAUUGCCAGAACUCGGACUCAACAUUCAUUGAUCUCAACCCGAUUGGGGCUAAAAGGUAAGGAGUGACAAAUUAACUGGCUAUUUUUAGCAAACUUAGCAAGUAGAAGGCUUUACAAACAAGCGUAUGGAAUGUCCUUAAACAUUUAGUUGUAAAUGUUGACAUAUCCUAAGCACAUAGUAUAACUUAAAUUAGAACAUGAUAAUAUGUGCUACGUUAAAACACACACCCACAUCGAUUGGGUUUGUUGAUACAUUUGCCUAAAUUUUGCGAUUAAAAAAACCCAAUAUAUUUGCAUAAAUAUAGCAAUUUAUAAACAUAUUUUUGCAUAAAAAUGAGCGAGUAAAAAUAUUUUUUUGCAUAAAUUGAACAAUUUUUAAAUACAUAUUUUCAUAUGUGGAGAAUUUAAAAAUAUGAGUGCAUACAUUGAAGCAUAUAGGUCAUUAACAAGUGCAUUUCUUUUUAAACGGGAUGGAGGUACAUGGUCUGUUCUUACAGAGUUGCAUUCAAGCCCCGAAAACCAGUUAAAUAUAUAUAAAUCAGCUGGCUAAAUACGCUAACCACCGCAAAAUCGGAAAUACAAUAUCUUAUAAAUAUUUCGCUUGUGGUGUGACUGCUUACAUUUCCGGAUUGCACGCUAACCAAGCUAAUUUUUUUCUUUUAAUAACGCAACUGCUUUUGGCGCGUUAUAGUUUUUUUUUUCUUUCCGGGAAAUGAAAUCGGCUCAAUUUAAAUAUGGUGUAAUAAAUAUUCGGUUUAUAAGUGGUUGGGAGAUCAGAAUAUUUAAUAUAAUUCGUGCAGUGACUUAUCAUGAGGGUAAGGGGUGUAGCCACAAUUGGGAAACUUAAAUGUGAGUUGCUUGAGUUAAUGUUUUUGUCAAGUAACUUUAGUAGAAAGGAAGUUCACACAUUGCUGUCGCCAAUGUUUGGCCAGCUAUAACUAGUACAUAUUAAAGCAGUUCGAUGAAUUUUGGAAGAAAAAAACCCCACACCUAUAACAGCAGCAUCUUUCCACAAUUUGGUCAACGUGUGUUCUUGUCUUACUUUCAGACUUCAAACAAAGAAAGGCCUGCACACGUACGAACUUCAGCUGUGUGAACCCUUUGACCUGCAGGGAGGUUGCAUUGGGGUAUAUGUAAGUAGGAGCUUUUACCUUUCUCAAAAACGAAAUGUUAUGGAGUGUACUUAAAACUAGGUCCUUUGUCACUUCUAACAAAAAUGAAAUGUUAUGGAGUGUACUUAACUAGGUCCUUUGUCACUUCCAACAAAAUUGUAAUGUUAUGGAGUGUACUUAACUAGGUCCUUUGUCACUUCUAACAAAAAAAAAAUGUUUUGUAUUGUAUCCAAGUAGGACAUUGGCAAUUCUAAGUAAACAAUGUUAUGGAAUGCACGACCCCGCCCCCCCCCCCACAACCACCCAAAAACAUAUAUAUUUUUUAUGGGGAUACGCAAGUAGACUUUUCACUUGAAUUUUGAUCGACAAUCUGUCGUAUGAGAGAUGCCAGGUUUUUAUGUUAUGUGACAUAUUAGGUUAAUUAAAAUUAAUUUAUAUAAUUUGGCUAUAAUUUUGAGAAUGUUUGCCAUAUAUGUAAAGUUUUUUUUUUUUUAAAUUAACGUAAUUUUCACGAAGUGUGGGGUGUGUGUGUGUGUGUGAGAGAGAGAGAGAGAGAGAGAGAGAGAGAGAAAAUGAGAGAGAGAGGGGGAAUGUAAAAUAUAUAUGAUUUUAUAUAGGAAAAUAUGCAGUCGUCCUAUCUUAACGCUGAUGAUGGUAUUUAAAUCUAACUACCUCCAUUGCUCACUAACUUUCCGUUCCUAUUCAUAAACGAUUCAAUCAAGUACAACAAUGGAAAACGCCUCGCAUCAUAAUCUGUACAUUUUUGUUCAAAUAAGCAUGGGUAUCUUAUUACAAGGAAAAUUAUCUUUUGGAAAAUAUCAGAUCUAUAUUUAAAUCAUAAAAAAAAAUAUAUUUUUUUUAAUCCUUUAAAAUGUAUAAGGGAGGGAAAAAAAUUCUUUUAUCGAAAGUUUAGGCGCUAGAAAUGAAUAAAACCAUAGUAACGUACAGUGGAGGCAGAUAACAGAUAAAAGUAGGUCACAUUUUUCAGAUAGUGCGGUCGUCUAGUUAUAUUCAGGAUUUUAAAAUGGCCUUUUGACCUCAGAUAGCGUUCACGAAAUUUAUCGAGUACAUUGCGUUGACCGGCGUUCAAUUUAUAUAUUUCAGAAAUUCCAUAGUGGCAUCUUGAUCAGUCUUUCCCCACAAUAUACUGAUCUCUGUUCAUGGUGGCGCGCUAUUAGUACGCAAAUCAUUUUUACGUCGUCGACAUGGACAAUUGAAAACCCUCUUCGCAUAAAUAUUGAUUAAGGCGAUCGUGUGGAUGAAGCGCUGGACUUGGGCCGUUCCAAAAAGAAACUCUGUGACAGCCGUGUCUAGGAUAAAUACCUGCUAAUUUUUAAGUUCUAUAAGUGGCCCUAUGUCAUUCAGCAGCACGCACUCACUUUAUGUUUUACUCGUUGUCCCAUUGAUGUCUUAAUAUAUAUAUAUAUAGUCUUAAUAUAUAUAUAUAUAUAUUGAUUUUCGAAUUGUUCUUUUUGAUUCGAGGGCCUCCUUUCGAGUAACGUCUGCCUUUUUCACUCCUCCAAACACUGCUGUACGCCAGUUGGAGCGAUGUUCGGCUAUGAACUCCCAUUCGUUUGUUUCAAUAUUGGCUUCCCUCAUGCUUCGUUUGCAAACGUCAAUAAAUCUCAGGCGCGGUCGUCCAAUAUGUCUUGUCCCCUCUGCCAACUCUCCAUACAGCAGUAUCUUUGGGAUACGUCCUUCCUCCAUUCUCCGUACAUGACCUAACCAGCGAGGGCGUCUCUUGAUAAUUUAUGUAUCGUUUUCUUCCGUUUUAGGGUUGUCAAAUAAGGCAAAUUCUCCCCAAUUAUGUUUCACUGGGCAAUACAGCGCAUUUCACAGACUCCAUCAAUAUCACAUACACAGGUGGAGACAGGUAGGUUGAUGAUAAUCGUCCUACGUAAGUUUAAAAAAAAAAGCGAACACAAUUCGAAAACUAAACACUUUGCUUCAUUUGAUGAUUAAAGAUUAGAAAUAAAAGAGUUUAUGAUUCGAUUGCUAUCAUACCUCAAUCAAAUAUAAACAUUGCCAGCAUAAGUUUUGAAGAGAAGCUUAGCCGUUCAGUUAUUUUUAACUAUAAUAUGCAAUGAUAUCUUUUUUAAAAUAAAUCUAAAAAAAUUAAAAAAUAAAGAGAGAGAGAGAGAGAGAGAAAGAAAGAGAGAGGGAAAGUGAGUGAGAGAGAGAGAGAGAGAGAGAGAGAGAGAGAGAGAGAGAGAGAGAGAGAGAGAGAGAGAGAGAGAGACAGUAUGACAUAUAGAUAAAAAAAAAAAAAAAAAAAAAAAAAAAAAAGAGAGAGAGAGAGAGAGAGAAAAAAAGAGAGAGAGAAAGAGAGAGAGAGAGAGAGAGAGAGAGAGAGAGAGAGAGAGAGAGAGAGAGAGAGAGAGAGAGAGAGAGAGAACGAGACAUUAUGACCUUUAGAAAAUGGUAGCAAUUUCAUUUUUAAUUGCAUAAAACUAUCGCUCUGACCAUCCAUCGCCGAAAGAUCAUGUCCCAUUUUAACGUCAUACACUACCUGAGGUAUGUCUAUCAAGAGGUACAUUUAUAUCUUGUACUUUAAAUUUGACAUCUCAGUUUGCCUCCACAUUCUACAAAUCAAUAGGCUUGAACACAUUCACACAUUCAAUCUGCUUUCUUUUCCCCCGCAGUAUCGCAAUUGUUCAACUGCUGUGCAAUGCCAAGGAAGAAGAAGCGAGUUUGGAUUUUUUGAAGGAAUCACCAAAGAAGACCUUCGUGAGUAUUUUAUAAUGUAUUAUAAUUGCCAGCAAGAACCCGGCAUGCGUUGAAAUGCCACUCAAAGAAAGGACGUGUUUGUGUUUUAGAUACGUUUUUUUUUUUAAAGUAACUUUUACAUAGACAAUAUGUUUUUGUUUUUUUCGUCUGGUGCUUGCACGAAUAAGAUUUGAAGGUUUUUCGGCGCGUAAGCAGGCCACAUACAGCUGUUCAAAUGAGAAGCGUUUUAUCUUCAAAAUUUAAUCCACACACUUGUAGCGAUUGAUCAACAUUGGCUCUGUUUAAAAUUAUAUUUAUAUAGCUCAUAUACGAGAAAAAUAAUUUAAGGCCCCCGGCCCCAAACUGAAUAUUGUAAAAUAAUUUGCUACUAAAUUAGAAACCUAUUCAGGAGUGACACGCCAACGUCUUAGCGCAAUCGGAAGAAUGGUAUAGGAACGAAAAGGAAAUUAUAUUUGUAUAACUCAUUAUACUGCAAAUAAAAACGAAUUUAGGGCCCCCUGCCCCAAAAACGAAAUAUUGUACUAUGGUGGUACUAAUUCAGAACCUACUUACUAUGUAACAUACAAACCGAAAUGUCGCUCUUUGUGUUCGAAAAAUUCCAUCCACCUAUGCAAUAGCUCUGUUUGAAAUUAUGUAAUUUUAUAUAGAUCAUAUAAGAAAGACAAAGAAUUUUGGGCCCCUGAUUGAAAACGGAAGAAUUUAAAAUCAUUGUAAUAAUUUAGAAAACAUUUGCGGUAGUGCGCAAAACAUAGCUGAAGAUCACGCAUCGUAUCCGCCUUGAGCCGGGCCUGGGUACAGAUUUUCGUGGAUGUUAAUUAAUCAUCGUUAAGGAUCAAGGAAUCUUUCCAAAUCUACUGGAUAAACAUUUUAUUUAGAUAAUAUAAUCGGCCCCAGUCCUGUUCUGUUAAAAAAAUUAAUUAAAAUAAAUAAUAAAUGUAUAUAUAUAUAAUCUUUAAAUGAAAUAUUUUAAUACUGCGGAAACAUAAAUAAUGGUGAUCAAAAUGCAAUGUUUUCAAUCGUUAUAUUUUCACGACAGAAUUUCCUUUUGCAAAGCAAGUACGCCUGUCCGCAAUCUUUUCCAACCACCACUGCCUUUGCCCCAAGCGACUCUACUCAAGACACAACACAAACUGACUCGACAGCAGAACCAGGCGGAUCAACUACAGCAACAAGCGAAGCAACAACGGGGGCAAGCGAAUCAACUGCAGCUACAAGCGAAUUAACAACAGAGGCAAGCGAGCCAACGGACACGACAAGUGAACGGACAACACAAGAAAGCGAAGCGACAACGGCAGCGAGCGAAUCCACCACAGGCGCCAGUGGAUCAACAUCGGAAGCAACCGCCACGACGACUGCGGCGUCGGCCACCACUGACACAACACCAACCACCACACACGGUGGGGCGGGCAGUUUUAGGUACGUAGACGUCUACAUAAGUAAGUGGUGGAGGAGGCUUGUCGUUUCUGCUACAAACGCAGGACGAUGGAUCAAAUCUUACAUUUUUAGUUAGACUCACUUAAAAAGAAAAACAAAACAAAAAACUCUUGACACCGGUGAAAGCACUCAAAAUGCACCUUUAAAACGAGUUUCCUUUUAAUUUAAUUUGACUGAUCAGCCAUCAUUUUUAUCCAAAGCGAAAUUAAAAUUUUCUUUUAAGGGGUGUGUUCGCAAAUUAGGUCACGCUCAGGGGGGAGGGGGGUGUGUGUGUCGAGAAUUUGUGACGUAAAAACUGUUGUUUUUUUUUCAAUCUAAAAUUUUAUAAUUUUGAAAAAUCUUUAUUCCAUUAAAUUUAAAACAUUAAUUUUAGGUUGAAAUUGCCUCGUGUAUAUAAAGUACCGUAAACUCUGUCGCGCACACAUUCUGCGCAUAUCCAAAAAAUGACAUAAAAAAAAUACUGUUGUGGCCAUUUUACAUUCGGCUCGGGGGAGGACUUCGUUGUUUUACGUUACAGUUUUCUAAUAACACUACCUCUUAAUCAUCCACUAUUGGGAAAUGUUCAAGAAUAAAGUAGUUAAGUUAUGAAAAUUGUAUGUAUGUUUUAAAUUUUUUUAGUUGUGACAUGACACUAUGGGAGGAGGGGUAAAGAAUUUGUGACACUUUGUGACAGUGGGGAGGAGGGUCUGAAAAUUCAAUUUUUGCGUGACGUAAUUUGCGAACGAACCCUAAGUAUUUUCGUCAAAUUGAACUUUCAGCAUAAUCUCUUCUUUGUGAAAUGCUUUUAAAAAAAAAUAAAUUUUUGUCAUCCAAUAUUUCGGUCUCAAUUUCGACAAAACUAAUUAAUAUUCAUUGUGUGAUUGAAUAAUUGUAUUUCUUUUAAACUCACAUGCUCAAAAAUUAAUUUCAAAAUAUUUACAUUGUCAUCAUAUUAUGAGGUAUCGGGAGAGACGAUAGGGCAAUUUUUGUACAUCCUCUUUCUGCAGUACCUUGACCAUGGGCGCCAUUCUCCUGCUGGCGUUGCUGUCCAGAGCGGUGCUGUAAAGCAUCUGAAGUUUGUGUCUUUUGUUUAAAACUGCUGAUGAACUGAGAACCUGGAUUAUUUGGAUUGUCAAGAUUUUUGGUAUCAUAGCAUGCGCAGCUCGAAUAUGGAUCUUUACAGACGGAAAGGACUUCAUUAUUUUAUGAUAUUUAAUCAUUAUAUGAUAUUUAAUAAUUUUUUUUAAACAUCCUUUGUGAAGUAUUCAUCUUAAUGAUUGGAGAGUUUUGUUGUAGCCCAAUAGGAGUAAAAGAAAAGGUGGGGGGUGGGGGGUGGGGGAGUUCGCGGAUUUCUUUAACUUAAGAUAGCUAUUUUGAAUAGGAAAAUACAAUAUUGAACAGAAAGCACUAAAUCGAUCUGUGCACAAGGGCGUUCUAUGCACAAGGGUGACCAAUGCACAAAUGCAAUCCAUGCACAGGGGCCAUCUAUGCACAAGGGGGGCCAAUGCACAAGGGUGAUAAAACAAUUAUGGAAAAAGUCAACAGUCAUCUCGGAAUCUCCAGAAGUUUCACAAAAUGCUUUUUUUUUUUUUUUUGGUCAGCCACAUUUAUCAUUAGGAUCCUGUGGCUUUCACAUGCAUAUUAGCCUGGUCAUUAGCCGUCAUGGUGGCUUUCACAUGCAUAUUAGCUUGGUCAUUGGCCGUCAUGGUGGCUUUCACAUGCAUAUUAGCUUGGUCAUUAGCCGUCAUGGUGGCUUUCACAUGCAUAUUAGCCUGGUCAUUACCCGUCAUGGUGGCUUUCACAUGCAUAUUAACCUGGUCAUUACCCGUCAUGGUGGCUUUUACAUGCAUAUUAGCCUGGUCAUUACCCGUCAUGGGCCUCUCUUCUCUGAAGCUUGAUGUAAAGACCAACUAAUGUAGAGCAUCAAACUCUCCCCCUUCAAUCAGCGUGUCCAGUAUGCUAUUAUGACAUCUUCUUUUUUAUUUUGAGGGCCCACUAUCAAUGAAUUUAUCAUUCAGGCUCCUAUGUUUCAGAGGGAUUCGCGAUGUUACUGUGCAUGUGUUUCAAAGGGAUACUUCACUGGUUACAAGGGCUACUCAGCAGUGGUGUUAAGAUCUGGGGGUUUGAAUACAGGAGGCAUGAGACACAAAUGUGUCGAGUGUAGCCGCCUCAACUGUUGCUUUUGGAAGCUUGUUCCAGUCCCCUAUUGUCUUCGGCAGGAAGGAGAAGCUCCUGUACUUUGUUCUGGGCCAGCCACCAUAGCGCCACACCUAUUGCCAUCAGUAGGGCGCCCUUACAACACGUAACGCUAAAAUGACGCCCUUAGGGGCUGAUGGGUUCAACAAAGAAAAGUUACUGAUAAUAUGCUGUAAAAUAAAACGUUUAUAGUUUACAAAAGAUUUUUUUGUAUGUACUCAUACCCACCUCACUAAGACAUUAUAUAUUUUACUGCAAUCCAUUUAUGUAAAUGUAUAACGAUGUGAAUAUGUUCAAAGUGCU